AUGGAGAGUCAGAGAGUGGCGUCGUCCUACAGGAAGCGCUUUGGGGGUCAGGGCAGCGCUGGGGGCCGCACCAGCCUGUCGUCCAGCCGGUACUCCCAGCUUAGCAGCCCCCGGUCAGUUCGUCUUUCGGGGGGGACCCUGCUGCUGGGUGCCGGCACCUCCGACCGGCUGGAUUUCUCAGCGGACUCGCUGCUGAAGGCGCAGUACCGCGAGACGCGCACCAACGAGAAGGUGGAGUUGAUGGGCCUGAAUGACCGCUUCGCCAGCUACAUCGAGAAAGUGCGCUUCCUGGAGCAGCAGAACAAGGUGCUGGUGGCCGAGCUGAACCAGCUGCGGGGCAAGGAGCCAAGCCGCCUUGGGGACAUCUACCAGGAGGAGUUGCGGGAGCUGCGCAAGCAGGUGGACGGCCUGAAUGCAGGCAAGGCGCGCCUGGAGAUCGAGAGGGACAACCUGGCGGCAGAUCUGGCUGCGCUCAAGCAGAAGUUGCAGGAUGAAAUGAACCAGCGGGCAGAGGCAGAAAACAACAUCAAUGCCUUCAGACAUGAUGUGGACGAGGCGGCCUUGAACCGCGUUCAGCUGGAGAGGAAGAUCGAUGCCUUGCAGGAUGAGAUAAACUUUCUGAAGAAGAUUCACGAGGAGGAGCUGCGUGAGCUGCAGGAGCAGCUGAUGGCCCAGCAGGUUCAUGUGGACAUCGACAUGUCCAAGCCUGACCUGACUGCCGCUCUGAAGGACAUCCGGCUCCAGUAUGAAGCCAUGGCAGCCUCCAACAUGCAGGAGACGGAGGAGCUGUACCGCUCCAAGUUUGCCGAUUUGACUGAUGCAGCCAACCGUAAUGGAGAAGCACUGAGACUGGCCAAGCAGGAGGCCAAUGAAUACCGCCGGCAGAUCCAGGCUCUGACCUGUGACCUGGAAGCCCUUCGUGGAACUAAUGAUUCUCUGGAGCGGCAGCUGCGUGACAUGGAAGACCGCUUUGCCGUGGAGACAGCCAAUUACCAUGAGAACGUGAGUCGCCUGGAAGAUGAGAUCCAGACACUGAAGGAGGAGAUGGCCCGCCACCUGCAGGAGUACCAAGACCUUCUCAACGUCAAGCUGGCUCUGGACAUCGAAAUUGCCACCUACCGCAAGCUCCUGGAGGGAGAAGAGAACCGGAUCACUGUCCCAAUACAAAGCUUCUCCAACCUUCAAAUCAGAGAGUCCAGCCUGGACACCAAACUCUCCCCUGAGGCCCACGUGAAGAGGAGCAUCCUAGUGAGGACUGUCGAAACAAGAGAUGGGGAGAUCAUUAAAGAAUCCAUGGCCGAGAGGAAGGACAUGCCCUAAUCGUCUAUUGAUGUCUGCGCUCAACCUUCGCAAUGUAACACUAGGCUGCUGUGACUUGCCCCCCCCCCCCCCCCCCCGUUCCAUCCCCAUCUCCUCCUCUCAUUCCCAGUCUAAUAUCACUCAUGCUCAUCAACAGGACCCCCCUCAACCAUAAUACACACACAGAGGCACAAACAUAUUCUCAUCCAGACAUAAAUGCCAGCCAAGGUCUGUGGUUGUGUUGAGUGUUUGUAUUAAAUAUACAGUAAAUGGACUUUCCCUCCUGUUACUUGCAUAUGCUAGCUUGAGUAAAGAUGGUGUAGCAGACAGAUGUGAAGCUCAGAUGUGAAGCUGGUUUUUACUGCCCUGCCUUAACAACAGUGUUAAGUAACAGUGGAGAUUUGGGUUGAGUUAAGGGUCUUUGUGGAGAACAAGCUAUUGUUAUAGGAAGUGUUUGUGUAGAUUGAUAGGAAAACUGGGGGGAAAUCAUGGCUAGUUGGAACUUGGAUAUGGGCGCUUUGUCCUUGACUUUGAAAUUUGCAUGUGUUUGUUUGUAGGGUGAAGUAGGUUGUAGUAGCCAGUUACACCCCCCCCCCCCUUUGCGAUCAUUCCUUGUGUCUUUCUUGACAAUUUUAAAAUAUGUCCUAUUUUGCCAUCCCUCCAUCUUCCCGCUGCCUUCUCUGUCAAUGCUGCUGUUUCCCAUCUGAAGGGAACACGGGACUGUGGGAGUGGUGGUUCAGGUUCCUGAGGUACAGGAACCAGGAACUCCAUUGUAGUACUGGGAAUUGUUCAGUCAGCCCCAGUGUACACAUAUAUGAACACAAGCAUUAGGACCUCAACACUUAUGUCCAUUAAAUAAACUCUGGUAUAGAAAUCUUAUCUACACUCCACAUUCCACUUGGAUCAGCUGGCAUCUUCUAGGUCCUUCUAUGUCCAAGGGUGUGUGAAGACAGGUCCAGAGACAUAUCUAGAUAGUAUAGCAUACUUGUGACCCUGUCUGGUUGAAUCCCUAAUAAUUGGAUAGAGGAUUCUAUCAGAAUACUGGAGACACAAAGAAAUGUACUUAUUUAGAGGCACUGAAGUAUUAGUGAAAAGUAGAGGUUUCUAGAUUCUUCAUUCGCCUUAUUUGCCAAGAUUUACCUGCAACAAGUCAUGAUUGUCAUUGUUCUUCUUUCUUUUGCUCUUCUCCGAUCCAUUCAUCAUCUCCUUCUACCUCUCUCAGUCACAGCUAUUUAGCUAAGCUAAGCUAAACUUGACAGCAGACUUUAUUAGAUUCCAGAAACUUCUAUCAGAGCACACCUGUACGCUGAUAAUCUACUGUCUGAAGCUGUGAGAAAUAAAAUGACCAAAAUAACCAUCUUACUCUUAGGUGUGCGGAAAGUUUAACCUAUUAACAAAAAUAAAAUUUAAAAAAAUGUUUAAUUCA